AUGUUCUCCACACUCAUCUCCCUCUUUGCCGCUACGAGCCUCGCGCUCGCCUUCCCUCUCGCACCGCGCACCGGCGCCUGGUGUGAGGGUCUCGGGAUCACUUACGACACUGCCUCCAACUUCACGCUCGCCGCGCUCAACACGACGCUGGCGAAUGCCAACUCGACUGGCGCGCCGCUUGUCGCUGGGCAGAACGGUGCGACGGACGGCGCCGAGUUCGAAGUGCUUUCUACCUGGGCGACCUACCCGUACCUGGACUUCCCGACGAUGUCGCUCGACUCGGGCGUCCUCAUCCCUAACUCGGCGAACGGCGUGCCGUCCUACGACAUGGCCGCCUCCGCCGGGCAGCCGCUCCAGUUCUUCACGACCUCGCAGUCGCCGUCUGGGCGGGUCGCGCAGAUCUACUGUGCGAUCGUGGACACCGACCCGGACUUCGAGGGCCCACCGACGCUCGCGGUGAACGGCGACGCGGACGGCUUCGCGCUCUGCAUGAACGGCGACGGGCCGUACGCGCAGAACAACGUCGUGUGGCGCCCGACGGCGGACAACAACGGCGCGUACCUGUACGAGACGUGCUACAACGUCACGCUGCAGAUCGUCGGCGGUAGCGCGUGA